GGGUGGACAAGAGACAGAGAAACAGACCUUUGGCACAUUAGACAUCUCCACUGAUCCUACCCACUGGCUGGCCGGCUUCUUCUCCACCUCCAGCCCCACCGAGGGUCACGCUGCCAGGUUAUGGUGACAUCGGGCUCACCUGGACCAUUGGGCCAGCUCUGAGAACGCGCGCACUCAAGGUUAGACACGACCCGCACACACAUAGUAGCGCACACGUAACAUGGGACAGGCGACCGCACGCACCUACACUGUCCUGGGGUCUCCACACGCGUGUGCGGUUUUACCAUUAGGACCGAUGUUGUGUUAACAUCACAGAUCGCUGCAUUGGCCAGUAUUUAAAUUAAGGGUUUUCGCAACACAUAUAUCAGCUACGGCAAUCACAUGCGUGACAAAGAUGCGUGUGCUGAUACCACACAGACCCCUGCCGACGCUGGAAACGUGUUUGACUUACAUGAAAAGAUGUGUAUGUAUCAGGAUCUACCAUUAAAGUCACACACACACACACACGUUAUUUUUUCUUCUCGCACACACAUAAGAGGAAGAUCUAAACCGAAGUCUAGAACUUUAAAGGAUCAGAGUUCUGUCGAAGAUGGUGCUCUUACUUUGGGUGCUGGUGUCUUGCCUAUGGGCACCCCCUACCAGUCCAAUUCCAUCCAGGGGUCAUUUGGGCAUCUGCCCCAAUCAGCUGAACAUAAACCUGUGGGUGGAUGCGCAAAGCACCUGCGAGAGGGAAUGCAAGUCCGACCAGGAUUGCGAAACGUUUGAGAAAUGUUGCACCAAUGUUUGCGGACAGCAGAGCUGCGUCGCUGCCCGGUAUCCAGAAUCCGGUUUACCGUCCCAAGGUUCGCUCCAUCCCGCCACCUGUGCCGGCCACGUCUGCGCCCAGCAGGGAUCGGACUGCGAAAUGUGGGAGGGACGCCCCGCCUGUCGAUGCCGCGAGCGCUGCGGUAACCAGCCAGGUUUUACAUGUGCCUCGGAUGGACUUACCUACUAUAACCGCUGUUACAUGGAUGCCGAGGCUUGCGCCAGGGGUAUCAGUCUGACGGAGGUGCCGUGCAAGUUCGUUUCAUCGUGGCCUCUUACUACACCAGCCCUGACGGAAACUACCCCGCAGCCUACCCAACCGUCAACCCCAAUGGAACCGCCUUUGCCACCGGCUUUGUACCAGGCACCUGCCCCUCAGUCUGUGGCUAUAGGAGGCACGGUGGGCCUGCAGUGCGAGUCUAGCGGACGCCCUCGGCCUGAAAUCCUAUGGGAGAAGUUGGAUGACAGCCCAUCUUCCCCACUAAUGCGCCCGGACCAAAUGUACGGUAAUCUAGUGGUCACCAACGCCGGACAGCUCGUCAUAUACAACGCGCGCCUAGAAGAUUCUGGGAUUUACGCCUGUGUAGCUCGCAACUCUGCUGGACUGCUCCGAGCUCGCUUCCCUCUCUCAGUCGUGAGAAAGAGUGAAACUACAACGGGUUCCCCCCAGAUCCAGUCGGCCCCCCGGUCGGAGUGUCUGAAGCUUCCAGACAGGAAGGAAUGCCCGGGACCUCGGGUCCUACAGUGGUCAUACGAAGCCCAAACCGGUGAGUGCAAGACCUUCCUUCAGAGGUUGUGCCCAAGCAGUUCCAACAGCUUCCAGACCUACGAAGAAUGUGUAGCAGCGUGCCAGGUAAAACCCCCCGAUCCUUGUACCCUGCCACCAGUGAGAGGACCCUGCAAAACCCAAGAAUGGAGAUGGGCAUAUAGCGUCUUGACGAGGCAAUGUUUCUCCUUCAUCUACGGUGGAUGCCAAGGAAACCAGAACAAUUUUGAAAGCAAGCAGGCCUGUGAGGAGCGCUGCCCACUUCCACGGGCCAAGCAGUGCCAAGGAUGCCACUUACGGGGAAGGCUGGUGCCCAGCUUGUGUCGUAGUGACUUUGUAAUCGUUGGGAGGCUAGAAGAUUUAGGUGAAGACCGAGUGCUCAGAGUGGCCCUGGGGGAGGUGCUGAAGGACGAGCACAUGGGUCUUCAUCUGUUUCAUACUAAAUAUUUGGAAGUCACUCUUGGAGAUGGUGGUGGAGGAGGGUGUUCCUGUUCCAACCUUACUGGGGAUACCCAGCUCUUGAUCAUGGGGGAGGUGCAUGAUGGGAUGGCGUUACUGGGAGCUUCUAGCUACAUCCGCCCGGCCAACGACAAAAGGUUAAGGAAGGUCAGAGAAAUGCUCGACAAAGGGACGUGUCAGAUGCUCAACAGAUUUCAAGACUAAUCCAUAUGGACGUUCAUUCAGAAAGCACUUGCACCUCUUCUCAGA